AUGGAACCAGGCCCUCCGAUGUACACCGUCACCUUGCUGACGCUUUCAGGCUCACCCAGCGCGGAGUUCGAGCUGCCGCCGGCCACCUCGGUCGGCGAGAUCUUGCAGAAGGCCCGCGCCACGGCGUCCGACGGCCGCGCGCAGUUGAAGCUGCUACUUCAGGGUCGGGAACUGCAGGCGAAGGAGACCUUGUGUUCCCUGGCCUUGCCUCCGCCUCCCUCUGUGCUGGAGCUGCAGCUCAUCUGCCAGCCGAGGCUCGUCGAGCGCGUCGCUGCAAUACCCUUCGACUACCAGAGGGUAUCUAUCGGGAUCUGCGGGCAGCGGCGGGCGGGCAAGACGUCUCUCUUGAACCAAUACGUCGAGCGAGUCUUCGACGCGGAUCACUUUGUGAACGUCAUCUCCAUGCACUUCAAGUCUGCGAACCUACGUGUCGAACGUGACGAAGCCUUCGUUCCUGUCAAGCUCCUUCUUUGGGACUUGCAUGGACGUCAUCAUCCGUACGAACCGCCUGUGCCAUCCAACAUGUUCCGGCACAUGGAAGCCGUACUCCUUGAGUCGCUUGCGCUAGACGAGAUUCAGGGACUACUGGACAGUUCCGCGCCAGUAUCCGUCCUGGCGAGAGUGCUGGUGGGCAACAAGGCAGAUGCGUGUGCCCCCGGAAGCAGCGAGGCAGCGCAGGCCUUCGCUGCAGAGCGGGCCCUGCCCUACUUCGAGACCUCCGCCAAGGACUAUGAAACUGUGGAGCUGGCGAUUCACCAGAUUCUGCUUUCCGUGCUCGACAAGCUGGAGAUGGAGUUGACGUCUUUGUCCGGCCCUCCACCACCUCCCCCGCCCAAUCGCUGCACCUUGCUAUGA